GUUUUCAUAAAAAUCCCAGUCGAAGAUCGAGAUUUGGAUGGCGUAUUUAACUUUCCCUGCCAAUCUUCAUGGAAUGGCUGUGCCGUUGUUUUGACGCAUGGCGCCGGCGGAGAUAUGAACUACCUUCAUUUGGAGAAACUUGCUGCCCACCUCGCAAGCACCGGAAUACUCUGCUUGAGGUUUACUUGCCGAACAAGAAAUUUCCAGUAUAGGAAGGAAUGCUUUACUGCAGUUGUGGUAAGCUGUAAUGAAAUAAGGUCUAUGUUUCUACCUUUCGUGUUUUGGUUGUCUAGACGCUUAUUACGGACCGUUCAUUAUUUAUUGAAGGGGGGCGGGGAUGGGUGAGAAAAUGGGGGGACUGGAAAUUUUAACCACUGCAAAGAGGGGGAUCCUGAGGUAGAUUAAUUGUUAUCGAGGGGGGCCUUGAAAUUUGAAAGAGGCAAAGUCUUAAAUAAAAAGCAACAAGAUAUUUUAGUAUACUAAUAACUGAGCUGGGCACUCCAGGUUUUAUGGCUGGGAGCCUUUGAGAUCCCUAUGAUUCUUCUUAGAGUACAGUCUUGUACAGUAUUGUGAUGCAAUCAAGGAGUAUGAUUUAUAAUUACAAAGGAUGAGGAUGAAGUUAGAGUGGAGUUUGGCAGCUUGGAUGAAACGUCCAGUGACAAGCUACCUCUUAUGACCACCACACGCAGUGGCAGGCUCCUGGAAAAAAUGCGCUCUAAAAAAAAAAGAAAGAAAAAUUGUAAAUCAUAUAAGCCACUGAGGCUCAUGAAUGGAGCUUGUUGCUUGUAUCAUGAUCUUGAAAGCAGCUGACACAUUGUUAAUGUUUCUAGGAGGAAAUACUACCAACCAUUUGCUCUACCGGGUGGAGAGACACUAUGGGGGAAAGUUUUACAUACAGGCUAAGAAUGCAAAAUAAACUACAUUUACAUUUUAAGCCUGUAUUUGAGUAUAAGGGUAAUUUCUUUGACAGGUUGAAAAAUUUGUCUGGACAUUUUUUAUUAGUUCGCAUGAGACCAUUCAAUUUUUUUUUCUGUUCAUAUGGAACUUGGGACAGCUAGGUGUCGAAAUUUUUGUAUGUUUAAGGUGAUUUUGUGUGAGCAGAACCUAUAAUAGCAAAAUUUUUCAACUGUUCGAUCAUUUGUCGGGUUCGUGAACAUAGCCGAAGAACCAGUGUAAGAAAGAAGGUCAAAGAGAAUGGCCAUACUUUCCCCAAAAUCUCUGUGUUAAGAAGGCUGCAAGGGGUAUAUAUAGUUUACAUCACAGAAAGUGUGGUGAACAAGCUUAUAUUCAGGAGUUGUUUGUGUCAAAACCCGAAUGAGCAAGGUACGACUGAGUGAGGGCUUUUGACACAAACAAUGAGUGAAUAGAACCCCAUACAAAGCACUUUCUAUGACGUGAACUGUUUAUUACACAUAUCAUGAGAAUUUUCACUGAAAUAGUUCUCUUAAUGAAAUGCAUAUUACUAAGAGCAAAUCACGAAUAGUAGAACCAAAAAUAAAUUUAAUAGCAAUGGAAAAAAGAAAAAAAAAAAUGAACAGAAAAUGCACUUGCAAAAAAUAAAUCUAUGUAAGUUACAAAAGACAGACCUCAGCGAUGUGGGCUCAGCGUAUUAUUGUUCUCCAUCUUUCUUUCAAACUUGAAGUAGAAAAUUGGCAAUUAACACAUUGAGAUCUCUUGCCUCAAUAUUUUCCUCAUUGCUUGAAACUAAAAACUUUUUCAACAAUGAAACAUCUCUUUGUGUUUUGCUUAAUGUGUUCUUGUUUUUUUGAUGCUGCACAAACUCUUCUAAGGAGUAAUUAACCGACACAAACCUGUUAUAGUUUUCCCUCGUGUCCACCAUUUUCUGAAGAAAAAUUUGGAGGUGCCGCUAAAAAGCCGCCAAAUGUGGAAAGCCAUUUGAAUGAAAACAAUGAAAAACUCUAAUUGGCUCAGAAAGGCAUUUACGCUGUCAUUGAUUGGUUAUACUUCCACAUGUGAAAACAGCUGUACACCAUUCUGAUUGGCUGUAUAAGCUUUUCUCACAUGUGAAAAUAAAGCUUAUAGAUUUCUACAGAUUACCUUUAAAAAAUAAAAUUCUUGUGAUACAUGUAACAAAAACAUUUUCCUUAGAAUUUCAGAACUCUUUGGAAUGUUUUUGGAAAUAUUCGUUAGGCCUUUAGAAAUCGCCUGUUGCUUCGAGUUGCUCUCCAGGGUUUUAAUUUUGAAGAUCUUUAAGUCCUUAUUUGGUAUCUGCAGCGUUGUGCAGCGAUAAUGCAGCCUCAAGCGUCUCUUGUAUUCAGGUUGUCAUAUGGAGUGGUUUCAAUGUUUAUAUCUAAGUCUCAUUGCAGCAGCGUUAGCGUGUUUUACCGCCUGCUUUACCGGUGGCAAAAUUUUGCAGCGCUUUUCGCAGUACCUAAAUGUGAUCGCCUCUGCUUUAGCGACCACGAAGCACCAGCGCCAGGACGCUUUAAGCGCGGCAACCAUAAAGUGAACUCGCUGCAGCGCCGCGGCAGCUGCUAUGCUGUUCAGACGGGUCUGAUGUGAUCAGUCUCUCACAAAACAAUGGCAUUGCUCCAGAAGUGAAUCUCAUAUUUAUUACUCUAAAAAGGUUGGCAGGUAAACUAAACUAUGGGCAAAUUCAUUCAGACAAUUUUCAUCUUUUUUGCUCACUCUUCUAUCACUGAGGAUUAAAAGAAACUACUGUCUUGUAUCUGAGGAGCAGUAUUGGGCCACCUAUUCUUGGCAACCAUAAUCCCCUUGCAUUUUGUGGUCCAUGUUUAAGGCAUAAUAUUGGAAAAAUAUUUUAUUUUCUUUGACCUGCAGGAAUUCCUAAGAAAUUAUGAAAAAUUUCCAGUAAGGAUGUGUGUCAUAGCAGGUACUUUUCAUUAUGAUUCUGAUUGUAAAUAGUAUUCACAAAUACCAGUGAUAAAUCACAGAGCACGACAGAACUCAAAGCAGAGUUAUUUUUCACCAAGGACACCAUGUGCAAACUAAACUGAGUUAUUGUGAACAACCUGGCUUCAAAGUGUCAUCAUUUUGUGAAUUGGUGGUAAGCUGUGUGCAAUGCUAGUAUUUGGUGAGGACAAUUUGGUGGCAAAACUUUUGCGUGCACUUACCAUGCUCUGCAGAUUAGGGUAAACUCCUGCACUCCUAAAGUUAAGUGAAGUUGUUUUUUAAUGUGGUCUAUGGUCUUAACAGUUGAGUUAAAAUUUUAGUUAUUAUCCCCAAAAUUUUGGAUUUGGAAGGCAUGUUCUUUGCUGGGGUAGUUCGUAGAGAAAGAAAGAAAAGAAGAAAGGCUCACUUCCCAACGACCAAGCAGGGUCUUCAUUAAGAAUUCUAGCACAGGGAGCCACACAAUCUGUUUGUGUAGUCGAUCGUUAUUUUAUAGUAAAUGGAUUUACCGUUUCCUUCACCUAUAGCGAUAUAUCGCUAACUAUCGCUAACUAUGUAUAUAAAUCAAUGGUAAAUAAACGUUGAAUUAAUUACCUUCUCUUUUUCUCUGAGUUUCUCUUGCUCUAUAUUCCAAAUUUGCGGACAUGACAAUUAAUCUAAGCUUAAUACUUUAGAAAAUACGGAUGCAGGGACAAUUUCCGCUUUCCGUUUUCGUCUUCAUUGAAUCUUUUGUUGUCUCUGCUUUACCAGACGCGGGUGGCUAUGCGAUUUCCCGUCAAAAUAACCUCAACUUGCAUAUGGGUUGCCAUACCUGUUGAUUGAGUUGUUUUACAUUGGUAUGCUUCUGGUGCGGACGGACAGUCGGGCCGUCGGUCAGUAUACGGUCACGUGAUUACCAAAUUUUCUCGGAUGGUUAGUUUACCACAUUUUCUUACCCAUGGUGUUCCGCCGCGCGCGCUUCGCGGGCGAGGGCUUCGCUAUAAUGCCUUCAAAAGCUGUUCUUUCUAAAAAUUUGUUACAUUGAUUAAUAUGGUCCUAACAUUAUCAUUGAAGGUCGUUCAAUGGGUGCACGGGUUGCAGCAGAAGUGGCAUCAAACAGCAGCCUUACAACAGACUUUGUUUAUGGUGUAGCUUGUUUGUCAUACCCUCUUCAUCCACCAAGAAAAACUUCAGAGCUUCGAGUAUCGCCCCUUCUCCAUCUUGGUGUUCCUGUGCUGUUCAUUAGUGGUAGAAAAGAUCCAUUUUGUAGGGCAGAUUUAAUGGAGAAUGCUACUCUGAAUAGAAUGGCAAAUGACUGGACUAUGCAUUGGGUGGAUGGUGCUGAUCAUGAGCUAAAGGUUAAUGGCAAAGUUAACAAUGAAAUCAUCUCCAAUAUGUGUGAGUGGUUUGUACAGUGGUGCCAGUCAGUGUUCAUGGCAGAACGAUCGUGA